UGUUUGCUUGCUUUCAUGGAUGGAAUUUUUGAUUCUCACCGCAAAUGCAAUUAAAUUUUAAGACGUUAAAAACAUCUUUCUACAUAAAAGCAUCUGUGUUCUGGAGCAAGGUCUGUCCAUAGCUUUUAUUCAUCAUGGGAAGUAAUCCAUUUGAUGACCCUUUGCCUGGAAACCAGCCCCGUGAAAUCCACAUUCAUGUUGAAAAAGUACCAGCAGAAUGCAAAAGACCAAAGAGAUUUAACCGAGCCAUUGCUGUCACCUGCAUCUUUGGAUCAGCUGUUGUUCUAGGAUUUGUGUUUGGUGGAUUUUGGGGUAGUGAUACCCUCGUAUCAUCCGUACCAGCUGAAGAUAUCAAAGCAAACACUCCCUCACAUCGACUUGGAAAGCGCGGCCUUGAAGGACGAUUCCAAUCAUUGAUUGAUGGCAAGAUUGAAAUAGCAGAAAUCUUGAAUGAUUUGGAAUUUUCUGACAGUGCCCGCCCUAAUCCAUCUGUACCUCCGCUAUCAGAGCCUUUCCCAUACGGUAUCAAGCCAAUCCGUGGUAUUAACCUUGGUGGAUGGCUAGUCCUUGAACCAUUCAUCAAACCAUCUUUAUUCAAGCCUUACAACGAAGGUAUUGAAAAGGUUCCAGCUCCCAAUAUCACCGACCGUAUUGUGGAUGAAUACACGCUUACAAAGGCGCUGGGUCAAGAUAAGGCUUAUGGAGUUCUCAUGGAGCACUAUGAAACAUGGGUUACUGAAGAAACCUUUGCUAAAGUCGCUCAACUUGGUUUCGACCACGUUCGUAUUCCACUUGGUUUUUGGGCUGUCAAAACUUGGGAAGGUGACCCGUAUGUACCAAGAUUAUCCAUGGGUUAUUUCCUUCAAGCCUUGGAAUGGGCCCGUCAAUAUGGACUUCGAGUGAAUGUUGAUUUACACAGUGCUCCUCAAUCGCAAAAUGGAUGGAAUCACAGUGGACGCCAAGGUCAAGUUCAUUGGUUGGCCAAGGGAACUACCAACGGCACACAAGAGAUCAGCCAAAUGUUGGAAAUCAUCGAUGCUCUAACCCAAAUCGCAGUAGCUCCAAGAUACAAGAACACUAUUCGCAUCUUUGGUGUACUUAACGAGCCAAAUAUGCGCCAGAUGGAAGUUCACCAGCUGCUACGAUUUUAUGAUUCAGCCUAUCGUCUUGCUCGCGGAGCUGGUUUUGACGGUUGGAUCAGUGUCAGUGAAGGAUUUAUUGGUCUUGACAAAUGGAAGGGAAAGAUGCAACGAUAUGAAGGGAUCAUGCUUGAUGCCCAUGUUUACCAAAUUUUCGACCCCUACUCCAUGAAGUCCACUUACAGAGACAAGGUAGUUAACGGUAUCUGCCAAGGCGCUAAGAACUAUAUCAAAAACUCAGACAACCUGGAAACUGGUUUUGGACCCACCAUCAUUGGUGAAUGGAGUGCUGCUGAUACUGACUGCGCUAUGUGGUUGAACAAUGUUGGCCAAGGUUCCCGCUGGGACGGUACUUUCUACGAUGAACAAGGUAAUCUCACUGCCAAGUCCUGCCCCAAAUGCUCAUGCAAAUACAGAGGUCAAUCAUCCGUCUGGCCAUCAGGAUAUCAGCAGUUCCUCCAGAUGUAUGUCGAUGCACAGAUUGAUGCUUUCUCAGGAAGCUACGGAUUCUUCUUCUGGAACUUCAAGGUUGAAGGAGGCUCUGAGCCUCACUGGUCUUACUUUGAUCUAGUUGAUCUGGGAAUUGCACCUGCCAAUAUUGCAGAACCAAGUUUCAGCUGUGCUGAGGUAGAAAGGGUGCCCAAAAUAUUUAACAUGACAAUCGCACCAAAGUUGUGAGCCAUUUGAAAACAACAAGUACAUAACGUAAACAACCUGUAAAAUAAACAUUCGUUAUGAUUUCCC